AUGGAGAAUUUCUAUGGCAUGACAGAGGGUGUCUUCAUUCUCCACCGGACCCAUUGCAGACCUGGCCACCGCGGUGCUGAACGAUACGGUCACGAUUGGAAAGCCUAUCUCCGGGGCUCAGGGGAUCAGGCAUUCAUGGGCAAUGAUAAGCAGUUAUACAUUGUCGGAAGACAUAAGGAUAUGAUUGUCCGCGGAGGAAAAAAUCUUUCUCCCUCGAGGAUUGAACAGGUAUUGAAUCAGGAGCCUCAAUUUCUUGCCCUGGAACCACAAGUGGUGGCAGGAGAGGACGAAAUAGCAGGUGAAGUUCCCAUCGUUGUGACAAGGGUUACUACUUCCCAUGAAAUGGAAAACAUGAUGCAUGAAAGUAUCCGUGAAAAUCUGGGAGUUCACUAUACUCCUAGAGCAUGGAUCUCUCUAUCUUCUCUGGGGCUUGAUGACUUCCCCCGCAGUGCUUCGGGAAAGAUUCAAAAGGCAAAAUUGAGAAGUCUUGUUGCCAAUUCAAUGCAACUCCAGGCACCCGAGCACAAGAGUAAUCUAUCAAAUGUUAUUGUGAUUAUCUGGUCGCGAUUACUAGGCCUCCAAGCGUCGCACUUGGACACCUCCGCCCCCAUAGCCCAGGCAGCAGACAGCAUUCUCAUGCUCAGUGCUAGGGCAAAAAUCAGAAGCGAGACAGGGCUUAGUGUUUCUCUCACAGAGUGGCUUGCUAUACCUACGAUUGCUGAUCAAAUCAAGGCACUUGAGGGAAUUGCAGCACAUGGCAACAUUAAAGAACCCGACAGUUCGCGGGAAGGGCUUCGUACUGGGCCACCGGAGACUGAAGACAUGGUCCAUCUUGGACAGGAAGAGGGUGCUUUCUGUGCCACGAAGGAGACAGUUGAAAAGAUUAUUGGGGAGCAAGGUUUUACUUGGGGAGAAGUCGAAAAUAUUUUCCCCUGCACAGACUUUGUCCACAUACUGUGUCGGUCCCAAGUCAUCAACACCUGGAACAUUCGAACCACAAUCUUGUCACAGAAUGCAAGUGUGCAGGAAAUGCGAACAGCACUCGAAAAAACCUUGCUCAUGCAUCCCAUGAUGCUUUCGUAUGUCGUUAUGGACGACAAAUCGCUUAGCAAAGAGCUUGGUCUAUACGUGACCCUGCGACACAGUUCCAAGGUCCUCGAAAAGUGUAUUCUGGAUAUCGAGUCCGUGGAUACACUGCAAGAACUGCGAACUAUAGCCAUGGAUUACCCUUUCAAAGACCAUGCCAAACUACCGGGACCACUGUUCCGCUGUCUUAUCAUUUUUGUUCGGGAAACCAGCUCGGCAGCUGUGAUCACCAACAGUGAAUUCUCCUCCCGCACAAUUCCCUCGCUGUUCUAG